AUGGCGACUGCGACAUGGGACCAGUUACUGCUGCUGGCUGUGCUGUUCCGUUACUCGGCCGGAGCCAAACUCAACGUCCCCAAGAUCCUGCUGCCUUACUCCGCCACCGUGAGGGUCAACUUCACCCUGGAGGCCGACGAAGGGUGCUAUGGUUGGUUUUCAACACGACCAGAUAUAGCAACUGUUGAACCUGUGUAUCAGAAUGAUACUGACUGUUCCAAUACUGCAGUGAUAUCUGCCCGUUCAACACAACCUACUCGCCUCACCAGCAUAAUUAUAGCAGAGGAAGCAGUGACAGGACAGGUGUUGCGGUGUGAUGUAAUGGUGGAUAUAAUAAACCAAAUUGAAAUUGUAUCAACAACUCGGGAAUUGUACGUGGAUGACUCACUGUUAAAAUUAACAGUUAGAGCCUUGGAUGAAGAAGGAAAUACUUUUAGCAACUUGGAAGGAUUUGUUUUCGAUUGGACCAUUGUGAAGAAUGAAAGUGUAGAUAAUUCUGAGUCAAUCCAUAAAAUUAGAAUACUGAAGUUUUCAGAAUCUACCUAUUUACCACCUCCACACAUAGCAACAAUGGAAAAAGAAGGAAAGCAAGGAGACAUCAUUCUUGUGUCUGGGUUAAUGACUGGUACUGCUAACUUGAAAGCACGAUUGCAGGAAACCAUAUAUAAGCACGUUCCUGCUGCAGUAAUACGUCUUAUUAUUCUGGAAAACAUAAUUUUAAGUCCCGCACAUGAUGUUUACCUAUUAGUGGGAGCUUCUGUUCACUACAAAGUUGCUAAAUUAGUAAAUGGAAAAAUGACAGAAAUUGAGAUGCCAUCUGAACAGUAUAGAUUGAAGUUACAAAAUAAUGAAGUGAGCUCUGCUGGAGGAAGAAAUGGAACAGUUGCAAGGCUGGAUUCUGACUCCUCCACUGUCUUAGGAGUCCAUACAGGAUGGACCAUCUUACUUCUUACCCACAAACACAUUCACAUGCAGGGACUUUCUCAUCUACCCAACUGUACAAUAUAUGUUGUCCAAGCUGGUUUUCUAGGGUUUUCUGUCCUGCCUGGAGAAAGAUGGGUUCUGGAAGUAGGACGAAAUUAUGAAUUUACUGUGGAAGUUUACGACAAAAAGAGUAAUAAAGUUUAUUUAUCUGAUAACUUAAAUAUUGCUACUGUCCUUCCAAAGUCGCAUUUCCAAACUCUGAAAACACUGAGGAAUGGAACUUAUCAUUAUGUUAAUGUCUUGUCGAACGGCCGAGCAGUAAUUAAUGCAACAUUGUUUGGGGUAUUUGGGCAGAAACUGGCUACACCCAUUACCAACCAACAAGAAGUAAUUAUUUAUAAACCAAUUUUCCUGGAGCCAGGUAUUCUUGUCUUCCCAUGGCACCCCAAGCCUCAAAGUUAUCGACACAUAAUUAAGGUUAAUGGAGGAAGUGGAAACUUCACAUGGUCAUCAAGUAAUGAAAGUGUUGCUCUAGUGACUGUAAAAGGUUUGAUAGCAACUGGUGAUAACCGAGGUUUUAGCAUUAUACAGGCGAGGGAUGUGGAAAAUCCAAUUCACUUUGGCGAAAUGCAAAUAAAUGUGCUGAGACCAGUCAGUAUAGAUUUUGUCCAGUCCCGAAUAGAGAUUGAGGUUGCUCAGUCUCUUUACCUACCUAUUAUGGUUUAUGGACUCAUGGAGACAGAUGCCAUGGAAACAGUUCCAGUGAAUGACUGCACACUAAUGAACUUGGCAGUAGAAAUGGACAAGCAAGGGGUAUUCAGAGUCAUUCAAGGGAAUUUAGAACCAGGUGUGGAUCACUGUACUGGGAUAAUUGUACAAGCAGAGACACCAGGUUAUACAUUACUAACAGCAAGUGCUGGAUCUCUGGGGGUCCAUUUCAGCAGCAGCAUAACCAUUGCUUCUUACAAUCGACUUAGAGCUAUUGAUCCAGUUGCUGUCGCUAUAGUCACUCUAACUUCUUCAAAAGAAAUGCUAUUUGAAGGAGGUCCCAGACCUUGGGUACUGGAGCCAUCAGGAUUCUUCACAGAACUGAGUGGUGAAAAGAAGGAUACAAUACUUAUCAAACAUCAACAAGCUCCUUUGGUGAAAAUGAAAAAUCAUCAUGGGUUCAGAGUCAUAUGUGUGUCCUUGGGGGAACAGUUUUUAACAUUUAAAGUUGGAAAUCAGCCAAGCUUGCUGAACCCGAAUCCAGCUGUUGAACACAUUAAAGUGAAGUUUAUCUGUGCUGUGCCCACCAGUGUGACUUUGACUCCUGUUUACAAGUUGCGUGAACUUGGUCUUCCAUGCCCUCUGUUGCAAUAUAAUAAACAAUUGGUACCCGUUUCUUUCUGCAGGAACACCAUUUUGGAGCUGACCGCAUAUGAUCAACAUGGAAGGAAAUUUGAUAACUUUACCUCACUCUUAAUUAAUUGGAAUUCAUCUAAUACCUCUCUGGGCAGUCUUCAUCCUACGAUACACAUGGAAAUGAUUAUGAGAAAUGAUGGGAGCGGACAGAAGAGGCUACAUGGUCAUAGAAUGGUUAUGGUCUACAGGAGGAAAGGAACUGUGUCCAUUUCAGCAAAUUUAGUCGGUUACCAAAAGUCUCAUUCUGAUAUAAUAGCCAAAGUGAAUGAUUUGUUUGUGUCAGUAACAGCCACAAUUGACUUAUUGCUGGUGGAUGAUGUGUCCUUCGUACCCAGAAACCUCACUGUAUAUAAUCAUCCUGAUAUUUUGGAAGUGAUUUACUUCAGUGAAGGCUCGGGAUAUUUUUUCGUUAAUACCACAGACUCCGAGAUCUUGACGACCACAUACGUAGAAGCCAAAAAUUAUGUACAAAUAAGGCCACUGCAUCCUGGAGUAGUGACAAUGAAAGCAUAUGACCUUUGCCUGACCUGUAAAGGUCCAGCCAGAGCACAGAUCCAUGUAUCAGAUAUAUUGGACAUUGAGUUGGAUCUUAUUCAUAAGAUUGAAAUUGGAAAAUCUGCUGUAGUAAACGUGAGAAUCCUGGACUACUUCAAGAAAUGCUUUCUGAACAGAUACUUUCAGUUCAUGAAUAUAACCCUGCAGGCAGCUUCCCCAAUUGUCAUCUUAGAACCAAUUACUAACUUGGAUAAACGUGCUGCAAGUUACAUAAUGAGAGCUAUGACCUUAGGGCAAACAACUCUUGUAGCAAGUGUCAGGGACAAAAAUGGUCGAAAGCUGAGCUCUGCUCCACGUCAAAUUGAGGUAUUUCCACCUUUUAAACUAAUCCCACGGAGAGUGACAUUGAUCGUUGGUAGUAUGAUACAGGUGAUGCCUGAAGGUGGUCCACAACCACAGUCCAAUAUUUAUUUCUCCAUUAAUAACAAGACUAUUGCUAAAGUAAAUAAAUUAGGACAGCUUACUGCCUUGGCAAUAGGAACUGCAAAAAUGACUGGUAUUAUCCAGGCUGUUGAUGAUGACACAGGAAGAGUGGUUGUUUUCUCUCAGGAUGAAGUGGCUGUAGAAGUGAUUCAGCUAAAGGGGAUAAAAAUCCAUGCUCCAGUAACCAGACUGCAGACUGGAACUCAGGUACCAGUGCAUGUGACAGGAACCACAAGUUGUCAGACUCCAUUUACCUUUGGUAAUGGAAUACCUGGUCUGACAUUUCAUUGGACAACAACAAAACGGGAAGUUAUUGAGCUUGUCACCAGACACUCAGAGAUUUCUUUAGAGCUUUCUGCAGAACAUAAUUUUGCCAUGUUAUUAUAUAGCCGAGCACAAGGGAAAACAGGUUUGAAAGUCACUGUGAAGGCACAGGAUCCAUCUGCUGGACAGUUUGAAGGACAUGCUGACAGUUUUUCUGAUGAGAUUCAGAUCAUGGUGUUUGGAAUACUACAACUUUUGCCUCUCUCUCUGUCAAUAGAGGAAAUACUCAUGUCACCAAAUUCCCAACUGAAGUUACAGACUUCUCGGGAUGGUAAGGCUCUUGUCAAUUAUGAAGUACGGAAAUGUCCAAAUAAUAAGUCUGUGGUUAUGGAGGAUGGUCAUGGACUUUUGAUCUCUGGACACAGAACUGGUUCUUCUGCAGUUACAAUAACAUCACGCGAAUACUUUGGAUUGAACCAAACUAUUGUAACUGGAGUGAGGGUGGCUCCAGUGGCAUAUCUCAGUAUUGUCACCAGUCCUAUGUUGUUCAUAGCCAAAAAUGAAGAGCUGGCUGCGUUUCCUCUUGGAAUGACUUUGACUUUUACAGUGAACUUUUAUGAUCUCAGUGGAGACCAAUUUCAUGCGCACAACACAGAGUUAUAUUUAGGUCUUAACAGGGAUGAUCUUCUGCUGAUUGGACCUGGCACCAGUAAUUACACUUACAUGGCUCAAGCUGCCAAUGUAGGAUUGACCAUACUUGCAGUUUGGGACAAGAAACAUCCAGGCAUUGCAGACUAUAUUCCAAUACCUAUCCAGUAUGCAAUAUGGCCCAAUAUAUCGGAGCAUGUGAUACUGAGUGAUGUAAUAUGCUUUUCCAGUGUCCUCGUAAGCCAAGAAGGUGAGCCUGGGAACUGGUAUUUGUUAUCAAAUGAAAUUGUGCAGAUCGAUCCUACCACAGGAUUGGGAGUUACCCGGAGCACAGGGUCAACUAUAAUCUAUUACGAUAUUCCAGGAAUCGUGAGAACCUAUAGAGAGAUCACAGUUACUGGUGUAGGAAAAGUCUCCAUUUCCUUUCAUGGAUUCAAACAUGUUAUUGGUCUUCCUAGCUUUAAUGUGUACAGAUUUCUCGUGACUACUAUGAACAAAGAUACCAGCCUGAGGGGAGACUGCAGUUUCGCUCAUGUUAAAGCUAUGUCAAAAUUAAACCCAGAAUCAAACCUUGCCUGCUCUGUGCGAUUUAAUAAUAUUGUGUUACAAGGUUUAGCUGCCUCUGUUUUCUCUGUGGAACCCGAAUUCAUUACAGAUACAGGUCAAUACAGCUGUACAGUCACUAUAAAAGAAUUACCAGAUUCUCUUCAGAGGGAGUUAAGCAUAGGGGGAGACACCUAUGUAUCUCUGAAAGCUUCUGUUCUGGGAGGACAUUAUGCAGGACAAGUUGGAAGGACUGAGAUCCCCUUCAUCCCUGGAUUUUACAUGAACCAAUCAGCUGUUGCUCUUAGUAAUAAAGAGCCAAUAGUAAACAUCACCAUUUUUGGCAUAGAUAAAGUAUUGAAUCAAUUGGAGGUCCGUUCUCAAUCACCUGCCAUUGUGGUGAGUCAGCCUAUCAAAUUACAUGCUGUGCCCAGCAUUGUUUACACACUAAGUGUUGCCAAUCUUAGCCUUCUUCAGCAGGGAUUUUCAUGCACCAAUAUCAGUGUAUUCAGCCCACUGACAAGGCAGGUGUUUCACACAUCAGUCACAUUCCUGAGGAGUGGAGCCAACAUUGGUAGAAGAGCAGGUUUACCUUUUGAGGAACCUACGUUCUUUGAUCAGCUAGUAGAAUCCUACCAGGUUCUGAUGUUCACCUUAUUUGCAGUCCUGGCUACAACAGCAGUCAUCUUUAUUGCUUAUAAUGCCUUCUUGACAAGGAUACAGACUAUUCCUGUGAUCUAUGUUUCAUCAACACAACAGACAGGUUCCACUUCAACACCUCAUUGUAAUAAUCCCCGAAGGCGAUAUCUGCAGUCUUGGCUUUGGAGUGUACGCUAACAAACACUCGUGGGAAGGCAGUGCAAUUAGUUACUAUCUGGCAGUGAGAAUUACUUUUGUGAAUAUGACUGCAUUUUGUCAGUGUGUUUAAAAUACAAGCACAUUUAAUCUUGUCCCUAUUAAGUAGUUUUAUUUUUAGAAGCAGACAACUAAAUUAUGACUCUGACUGCAUUUAAGACAGUUGUGUUAAAGAUUUUAACUUCAGGUUAUGAUGAGACACACUAUCAUUUCACUUGAAAUCCUAGAAAUUAUCUCUGCAAUAUGGUCUUCAUUACCACUCAAAAUUUGAUGAAUAACCUGCCUCGGAAGGGAACAUGUGCUUUGUCAAUAUUUGGUGGCAUAAAUUAACAUAAUUACCAUGAAUAUUGGGAGUGUAAUUGGUGUGUGCUGUGGAGAAUGUCAUUUCUCACUUAAAAGAAAAUCAGCAAGAGAAAAAUUAUACUUUUUUGGUUUAUAUUUAUAUCAAACUUCUAGGUGAUGGUAAACAAUCACCGUACCCUGUACAGAAACAGAAUACUAUCCACCUACUGCAAAUUGUUGUUCAUUGUUACAUUUUACAAAGAGUUCUACGCUUAGCAAAAAAAAAAGUUUCUUCUUCUUCUCUCUAUUCAUAGUACUCCUUAGUUUAUCUUAAGUUGAUGGUUGGAAGCUGUAUAAUAUAAAUAUUGCUGUCAUGCUAUCUUUUGUGUUGUUCCAGGAUUGAAUCUUGAUUGUUGUACAAACACAAGAAUGUUUUGUUGUUGUUGUUGUAGGUAAUUUAACAUUGAAUGUCUAUUUUAGAUGUGUUAGUACUCAAAGGGACAUUUACAGCAUGUAUCUUUACAUUUAGACUUUGGAGUUUGUAACUGAAACUUCUGAUUUUAGUUCUGUUUAAUCCACUAUAAAUUGGGUGUAAAAAGUUAAUUUUCAUUUCUAAUGCUUCAAACAUACAAUGAAGGAGAUUUAUGGUGUAAAGAGCAAUUUAACAAGUAUCUUUAACAUAUUGCUAAAAAUAAACAGACCUCAUCAAAAGAUCAGUUUGAAAGAAUAACGUUGUCUUUGACAUGCCAAAAUUAUUCACUUGAUCUUUCACUUCUGAAUGUAUUUUCCUACAUUAUUUUCCUCCCUGACUUAGCUGCAACAGACAAAAAUAUAAAGACUUUAAGGUUUUUUCCCCAUAUAGAAUUACCAAGUUGGA